AAAAAAAAAACAAUGACUAUAAAUACAUAAAUUGCAUGAGAACUUCCUCAAACACUUUCCUACUACUUGGAACUUAAACCACUCCCACACCAUCUUUACCAAACAAGCUUUCUUCUUCUAAUCCAUUUUACUAAGCAUUAUGGCGAAGCAAAAAAUAGUGAUCAAGGUGUCUAUGAACAACAAAAAAUCGAAGUCCAAAGCCAUGACCAUUGUAGUUGGAGUUUCAGGAGUGGAAGGUGCAAGUAUAAUAGGAGAGAGCAAGGAUCAAAUAGAGGUAACUGGGGAAGGUGUGGAUUCAGUUAAAGUAGCAUGUCUCCUAAGAAAGAAAUUUGGUCAUGCUGAAUUAGUGAGCGUUGGUGAUGUGGAAAAGAAAGAAGAAAAGAAAGAAGAAAAGAAAGAAGAGAAGAAAGAAGAGAAGAAAGAAGAGGCUAUUGUGACAUGGCCUUAUAUAACUACUGUUCCUCAUUACUCUGUUUAUGAUAUAAAUAACUCAUAUCAGGACCCUACUUGUUCCAUCAUGUAAUAAUAUCAUCAAUAGAAAAUAUUUAUAAUUACUGCAACAAAAUUUUAUUAUUA